AUUGUAUGCUGCCUUCAUUCAAAUGAAGCGGAGAAGAAAUGUUACAGGAAGCUCCGGUGCUAUGAAGAUUUGACAUUUAUAAACGAAUAACCCAACUCAGUGAAAAUGAGUUCACGUAUCAUCACAGUUUGCCUUCCUAAAAAAAAAAUCGGGAUAUGGAUGAGGUGCAUUCGAACAAACCGGUUCAGUUUGUGCACUGGUACUGGUAAAAAUGGAUUGCUUGAGUGUCGUGAAGAAAUACAUCGGGGUCAUUUAAAGCGAGUCCGAAUUCGAUUGGGAAUCCUUGGAAACACGGUAUGUCCGCUGUCAAUAAGGACAAGUUCACCAUUUGCUUUAUCAAGGUGCUAUGAGAGUAACUCAUUCAGUGUGGCUAACAGACCCUGGAAAAGGUUAGGUCCGACAAAAACUGAGUGUACGUCAUCUGCAGAAAGACAACAAGUAGCAGAUAUAGACAGUGAGGACAAGAAAGGAAAAGAACCAAUCAGGGGAAAUGAGAAGCGACUCAAUCGGCUAUUUUCUGAAGACAGCAGAAAGCUUCUACAACUGGCUCACCCAGAACGGUGGCGACUGGCAGCUGCUGUGGGUUUCCUGGGUGUUUCGAGUAUGGUCACGAUGGCCGCACCUUUCUACUUGGGAAGAGUCAUUGAUGUCAUCUGUGCCAAUCCCGUAGGGGACACAAGCGCCACACUGACCUCCCUGUGUGCAAUGCUGUCCGGAGUGUUCCUCUGUGGUGCUACUGCUAACGCUGCCAGGGUCUACCUCAUGCAAAUCUCAGGACAACAGAUUGUGAGAAAUUUACGAGAAUCCCUUUUUUCCUCAAUUUUGAGGCAGGAGGUGGGAUUCUUUGACAAGACCCGUACUGGAGAGCUCAUUAAUCGCCUGUCCUCAGACACGGCCCUUAUAGGGCGCUCAAUUACCGAGAACCUCUCAGAUGGACUCAGAGCUCUGGCUCAGGCAACAGCCGGGGUUGGCAUGAUGUUUUAUGUUUCACCUGCUCUUGCUACGUUGGUCCUUUGCAUCGUCCCCCCUUUUGCCGUCCUGGCUGUGGUCUAUGGAAGGUACCUGCGGAAAUUGUCCCGAAUGACCCAAGAUUCAUUGGCAGAAGCAACACAGCUGGCUGAGGAACGGAUUGGAAAUAUAAGAACUGUCCGGGCUUUUGGAAAAGAAUUCACUGAAGUGGAGAAAUACAUCAGCAAGAUCAACUAUGUCUUUCAGCUGGCAAAAAAAGAAGCACUUGUCCGGGCAGGCUUCUUUGGAGCCACGGGACUGUGUGGGAACCUGAUUGUGCUCACUGUGCUGUACAAAGGGGGGCUGCUCAUGGGCAGUGACCAAAUGACAGUUGGGGAACUCUCCUCCUUUUUACUUUAUGCCUUCUGGGUGGGAGUGAGCAUUGGAGGUAUGAGCUCUUUUUAUUCAGAGUUAAUGAAAGGCUUUGGAGCAGGGGCACGAUUAUGGGAGCUGUUAGACAGACAACCUGAAUUUCCACUGAAUGAAGGCUUUACUUUGAGGCCAGAUCAACUGAAAGGUGCACUGGAGUUCCAAGAUGUGACUUUCUCUUACCCAACCCGUAAGGAUGCAUCCAUUUUUCAAGGUCUCAGCUUGUCCGUUCCAGCGGGCUCUGUGAUGGCUGUAGUUGGUCCCAGUGGCUCAGGAAAAUCAACACUGGUAUCUUUGCUGUUAAGACUGUAUGAUCCUGACUCUGGUGUUAUUACGAUUGAUGGUCGAGAUGUGCGUGAACUGAACCCAUACUGGCUGCGGAACAACAUUGGGACUGUGAGUCAGGAGCCAGUUCUGUUCUCAUGCUCUAUUGCGGAAAACAUUGCCUACGGAGCACUGGAUCCUUCUCAGGUCACUGCAGAGGAGAUCUACAGGGCAGCUGAGUUUGCCAAUGCCAACACUUUUAUCCAGAACUUUCCAAAGGGAUUUGACACUGUUGUUGGAGAGAAAGGCAUCCUGCUGUCAGGUGGUCAGAAACAGAGGAUUGCAAUUGCCCGGGCUUUACUCAAGAAUCCCAAAAUUCUCUUGCUAGAUGAAGCCACCAGUGCUCUGGAUGCAGAGAACGAGUACGUGGUACAGGACGCCCUGGAUCGGUUAAUGGAUGGACGCACAGUUCUGAUUAUUGCCCACCGCUUCUCCACCAUUCAGAAUGCUGAUGCUGUAGCCGUCUUGGACCAGGGCCGAGUGGUGGAAUGCGGAAAACACAAGCAGUUGUUAGAAAACCCACAAGGUCUGUUCAGAAAGCUCAUGGAAAAGCAAGCUAUUCUACAGAACAGCCAGACACUUGCACAAUGAGUACCAUGCACAGCAAACAUCAUUAAGAACCAGACUAUUAUUUUUUUUUUUCUUCUGGUAAGCAAGGCAAGUCAUUUUAUAUGUGCCUUGUUUAAAAUGUAUAUGAAGAGCAUAUGAAUAGUAUUUGUCUAAAAUAGUAUGUUUUAUUUUAUAAGGCUGGAGUUUAAUCACAGAGGUGUUCUAUUGUUUUUUCUAAAAAAAAAAAAGUGUGUUCUUAAUUUUUAUAUUGAGGGGCAUGUUAUAUAAAAUCUUUCCAGUUGGUACAACAGGCACUGUACAUGUCAUGCUGAUUUGGAAGCGAGACAUGGAUCAUGUUUUUUUUUUGUUUUUUUUUUCACUUAAAUGCCAGUUUAAUAAAUCCUUUCCCUUAUCUGUGAUAGACAGCUGUAUGCCUUGUGUUUAGCCAAAUCCAAUUUAAUUGGAGGGAUUCCUAAAUAGCAGAUAUGAUUCACAAGAUUGAAAGUGCUGCUGAUUUAUUAUUGUAAACCCCAAUACAUAAGUCUAUGUAAUGCACAUAUUGGGGUUGUUAUUCAUAUUUAUCAUUAUUUCAACCCACAACGCUGAAAAAGGUAGUACACUUCUAAUGUUAUAUAUGGGCAAAACUAAGACUGGUUUACCUGUCUCCUGCUUUGAGUGGAGUUAUCUUUCCCCAAGUUUCACAAUUCCCUUAUUGUUUUGCUGUUCUAUAUUUGUUUUCUAGACAAGUUAAUAGGACCUUACCUACACUUGUGUUCUAUGCUGCACAUUGACUAGCAGAGUGUGCUGUACCCUAUUGCAUGUAAUACAGGAAGUGAAUGUGGAUGGUAACCCAGCACUUCAGUCAUACCCAAAACUUAGACCAUUAUCUUUGUCAUAUUUGAGGAUGAUAAAACGAGACCCACUUACUGCUUUAUUUUAGACCUGUUUUUAAACCAGCUCUAUAUGAAGACAAACAUUGCCAUUAGUGUAAAUGUUUUCCUGAAAUGUCAAUACAAUAUGUUUUUCCUUGUGAUGUUUUAUAUUUGAAACUUUCACAUAUUACAUUAGCAAAUAAAAAUAGGCAGUUUAAAAGUGAUUGUCAAACUGCUGUGAAAGAACUGGCUGGUUCAAUGCCAGUUUUACUGAUCGUCAGCCCGUCACAGAACAUUAUUGCAAAUAAAGGAUUGUCUGGAUACUUGUGACCUCCUUAUAAAGAAAUACAAAAAUAAUCUGUGCUGGCCUUUAACAAUAUAUCCAAAUAAACUUUCCUUAAACAGGUUAGUUAUGUUGCACUGCAUUCUAUAUAAAAAAGUACUGUUCAAGAAUGGAAACUUUGCUGUCAUUCCUCUGUGACCCCAAAUGCGUUCAUCAGUAAACUUGCCUGAGACUACUGAAGGAGCAGUAGAUACCAGCAACAAACUGCUACACACCUUGGUAGUUGUGUAGUCUGUCUAGUGUUCCUUCUGUAAGACAUGUACCAUGUAUGUGUCAACAUCCUAUAAUGCAUUGGCGUCUAACUUUACUUUGCUAUUUUUUUUUUUAUUCAAAUCAAUGUAAGUUAAAUAAAAAUUACAAAUAAACAA